GAAAAAGUUCUUGGAGAGCAGGAGAAGAUUAAUCAUAUGAAUGCCGUUGCUGGACUUGUUUCUUCUAUCUCUGUGAGAGCCAGUGGAGAUUUUGUGCGUUUACUGAGUGCUAGCAUGGAGAUUAUUUUAUUGUAUUGUUCCGAUCACAACUCUACUGUUCGACUUAAUGCCAAUGAAUCACUCAAUAGGAUUAUUGUUGGUUUAAAAGAGUCAGCAAUUACAAGAGUGCUUUGGGAGUUGUUCAAAGAGAUUAAACGGAAUGCUAGAGCUCGAUCACUUUCAGCAGCACUGUCACGAUUUGGUGAACUCUGUCAUUUGAUCAAAGCAAGUAAAUGCAGGUCAUACGUUGGUCAUCUUUUGCCUAGUAUUGGAAGAGCUUUGAAGCGAGAUGAUGAACUUGUACAGGAAACUUUAGCUGUUGCUAUGGCAAAGAUUUGUCCUGUGCUUGCUCUUUACAUGACAGAAAGUGAACUGAAGACGCUUAUCAAGAAUUUUUUGAGCAAGUUGCGUUCAAGCUCAGCGUCUACAAGACGAACUGCCGCUUCUUGUUUGGCAUUGCUAUGUCAGUAUGCUCAAAGGCAGCAGCUUACAUUGGAAUUCUUAUUGAAUGGACUUUUGACUACUGUUUCGUCAAAUUCUGGUGAGGAUUCUUCUUCAGCAUCAGUGAUUGGUGUAUUAUCUUGCAUUAGGCAGCUUAUGCCACAACUAGCUAGGCCAGCAACAGAAGAUCAAGUUAUUGUAGACAGCUUUAGCACUCCUGCAGAUGACUCAACUGUAAGUGAACCAAUGCCUUCAUUGAGUCCUAUCAGUAAUCGGCAAAUAGUUCAGCUAUAUGAAUUGGUUCUUUCGUGCUCAAAACACGACAACCAUAAUGUUGUUAGUGCAGCUCUGGAGGCACUCUAUCAAAUGUUGAAUAAUCCACCAAGUACAUUAUUAACUUUUUUGAAUUCACGGAGAAGCCAGUUGCCUGCUGAAACAUUCUUGGAGAUAGCAGUGGCUGAUAGUACUCAGCAGACUCAAAAUGCCAAAACUUAUGUACAAGAAAGGAAAUGUAGUCAAGAGACUGGAAGAGAUUCGGCUUGUUCUAAUGCUGAUUGUAUGGUGAAGACAAUGGGGGCACAUGAUGUAGCUGAGUAUAAUGAAGAUGUUGAGCUAGAAGGUUUGACAUAUGGCAAUGUAGAUACAGCAGGAAGUAAACAUUUAAAACAGGAAACCUCACUGUUGGACAGUGGAGAUGGCGGUAAUGAUAGUUGUGGUGACACUAGUGGAGAUCACUGUCAUGAUGAUGAUGAUGACAACGAUCGUGAUCAUGAGAAUGAUGACGAUGACGCUGACGCUGAUGAUGAAGAUGCUGAUGCUGGUAGCAAUGAAACAGGAAGAGUUUCAUUAGUGGCAGAAAAUAUGGAAGAAACUAAUGUACUUCAGUCACAGAGUUUUUAUGGAAAUGAAUUUGAUAUUCCUGUUAUACGGUGCAGUCAUCACAUCUGUUCUUUAUUUCUCCUUGCUGGUUGUGCUGGAAAUCUAAAAUCUGACAAAUCUGUUCGAGUCAGUAUUAAAUCACUUGCUAUUCGUUGUAUCUCUGCAAUCAUUCGUCUUUAUCCUCGAGUAUUUAUGCAUCAACUGAAAACGAAAGGUUUGGACACUAAUCAAGAAGGUGGCCCUCCUCAGUUUAUUAGUGAUGUCUUACUAUAUGUUGCACACUCUGAUCCUUCAUUGAGAGGUGAAACUGCCAUUCUGUUGGGUAGCUUGAUUCUUUCCAUCUUAGAAGAAAGCAGGCUGCACUACAUUACUUGGGAAUCUCAAGUUUGUGAAGAAUUUUGUUGUGAGCCUCUACAAAUGACUCAGCUCACAAAUUUACUUGGGAAAUGCUUGAGGGAUGAGUCAACUGUUUGUCGCAUGGCUUGUUGUGCUGCAAAGCUUUGUCUUCCUGUCUUAUUGUCAAGUAGUGAUGGUGCUCUUGGUGUCAAACUACUGUUGAAGCUUCUUGAUGUCAGCAAGACUUCAUACUGGCUUGUCAAGGUGGAGCUAGCAACUGCAAUAGCUUGUCUGGACUACAGAGUAGUGGCUGUUCUUCAAGGGACAACCAUUCAGGGAUUUGAGGUCCAACAUCGAGUUCUUGAAGUUUUGUUGGAGCAGCUGAAUGAUGAAGACGCUCGUGUGCGACAAGCUGGUGCUUGUGCCUUUGUUCAAAUCAUACCUCGACUAUUUCUCUGUUCAAAGGACUUGGAAAAAGAGGCUAUUGUAGAGUUUGCUGCUGAAUUAGCAAACAAUACAUUUUCUGCUAUACCCAGCUUUGAAGCUGCUACACAUGACUAUUGUUUGAAGAAUAGUAGGAAGGUGUCUCUGGUCACCAGUUCUGUCAUUGAGACCAAUUUGGGACAUGUUGUAAAUUUGCUGAACACAGCUUUACUGAGGGUGAAUUCCAAAGAAUUAGUGAUGGGAUGCUGUCAGACACUACAUCUUCUGGUGGACAAUUUUCCAGUUACCCUUUAUCCCAAAGCAUGGUCUUUUGUUCAUUUAUCUAUGCCUGUUGCAUUGAACACACCUGCUGACUUUUGCACAUCUGCAAAUGGAUCAUCGCCGAAAGCCCUUGCUUCCUCUUCACUUGUUGCAGAGUCAUCCAGAUCAGGUCCAUUGUCACUUUUUAAGCUACAGUUGAAGAAAGCUGCACCUGUUGUGAGUUCUACAGAAGUUUCAGCUAAAACUGGCAUUGCUUCUUACAAACAAGGAGCAGAUGAAGGUAAAGUGUUGUUUGUGAGAGCUGUUAGCCCACCACAAUCUAGUCGUGGAGUUGAGGGGCUGUCAUCUUUAUUGAGUCAAGUCUUUACAAAGAACAAAAGAUUAUCAUGCAAAGAUCAGAAACCAUUAUCUGGUGGACCACUCGUAGUAGUAAUGUCGUUGUUGAAGUCUUCAUUGAGUUUGGAUUUACAAGUUCAUCAGGACAUAAUGUUGCUGUGUGCUAAGCUGUUGCAUAUGUGUGGUGUGCAUGCACUGCUUGCUGGAGGACCUAAAUCAUUAGCCACAGCUGAGGAAAGUAAUCUUGUUUGGUCUGGUUUGAGAGACAAACAGCUUGUUCCAUGUAUGGUGCAACUAUUCACCCAUCUUUUUCGAUUGCUUAAUGUACUUUGCCAUGUAAUGGAAGACAAAGAGCCAUGCUCUGCUGAAGUUAAGAUGAAAGAUAGACUACUUUCAAACUCUGGUCCAUCUGCAGUUCCUAUUAUGUUAUCACCAAGAAGAAAAGGAAAAACUGAGAAGGACAGCAAGACAUCUAUUUCUGAGGGAGAAAAGGCUGGUGAGAAGAUGGGUAAACUUGUAAAGGGCAAAGACAACGAGUCUGAAAGUGCUAGUAAGGAAAAGGUCAUGUUGGGCACAUUUCAGCACUUGCCGUAUUACGUGUCACUGUAUGAGUCAUUGAAAGGCUCUUAUGGCAAUUACAAAGUUACCGUGGAUUCUUCAGUUCCAGAGAAAUUUGGCUCUAUGGUGAGGGCAGUGCUAGAGUCGUUAUCGCUUAUAUUGAACCUUGCUAGUGUGGAAGAUCUUGGCAAGUAUGUAGGAGAAGUUGUUAGCUACAUGUGUACUACAGUGCAGUUUUGUCCUUCUGAAACUUACUUUUGUGUUGAGCAAUUGCUGAAUGGUUUGUUUGGAACCAACCCUGCUGGGCAAUCGAAUUCUCUUUCAGUCCAUCCUAAUAAGCCACUUAUAAGCAGCCACUUAUCGACUCCUUAUGAAGUUUGCAUUACUCAGCCAUAUACAUGGAUGAAAAAUAGAGUCAAUGACAUCAAAACAACAGCAAGGUAUUUUGAAAACAUGCAGGCUUCAACAACAGACAGCAGGCCAAGUUCAAGUUCAUUUUUGAAAUGGGUGAAAAGUAGGAAACGAAAAGGAGCAUCUACAUUUGUGGGUCGCCUUGAUGUUGGUCCAAUAAUGAAGUAUAUUGGCGUUUUUGAACCUCUGGUAAUUCGCUCGCUCAGGCAAUACACAGGGACGGGAGAUGCAAGUCUCCAGAAACAAAUUUUGCAACUGCUUAUUCAGUUAAUACGAUUACGUGUUAAUUAUUCAAUGCUGGAUGCAGAGCAGGCUUUUCUGAAAUAUGUUGUAACUCAAGUGGAACACACUGAAGAUGGCCAUGUUCGGGAUGCUGUGAGCCUAAUUCCGUACAUUUUUCGGUUUCUUGUAUUGCUGUCAUACGAGCGUUCUCAAGCAUCAUCAAUAACUGUGCCACGUCUUAUCCAAUUGUGUGAUGGUGUCAUGGCUGGAGGACAAGCUGCUAAGGCUUAUGCAAUACCAUCUCUGAAACCUGUUGUGCAUGACUUAUUUAUUGCUCGGAACUUGGGUACCUCUGGUGAACCUGAUGUUGAACUUGAAACACAAAGGGAAGUUGUCAUGAAUAUGUUGAGUAGAAUAGUUCAGCAUCAUGAAGUUCUGUCUUUGCUUAUAACAGUUCUGCAGACUUCUCGCAGCUCAUUGCAAAAGUGGACUGAUCGGUCUGCAGUGAUCAUAAGUCACCUUUUACCUCGAUUGAAGCAGCAACAGGUUGAAUUAGAAAGUCAUUCAGCAAUUACCACACUGCAUGUUUUGUUUACCUCAUUGGCUACCUCUGCAUUCCAACCUAUCACGUCAUUUGUAGAACUUCUCUUUAGAGAGCCUCUUCAGAAGGAUUCGAGAGGGCUUUCAAGAUGGCUUUCUGGGCUGUUAGUGUUGCUCAGAGUGAUUUUAGCAGUGUGUACAGAGUCAGAAUUACUGAACGAGAUAGAAAUGAUUGAUACAGCAAAUUGGUUGGGUGACACAUGUCACUUCUUGGGAGACUGCCCUACUACAACUGCUUCUGAUAUCCUGGCUUGGCACUUGUUUGGCUUGGUGUGCUUUCAGCUGGAGUUACUGCAACGGCAAUUACAACAGCAUCAAUCUGUUGGAGGCAUUGGAGAGUUUGUUUGUGAAUUAAGCAUACAAUUUGUUCUAACUAUACGUCUUGCAUUAGAAAAUUAUCCAUCUGUUUUGGAUAGUACAAAGAGGAUCUGCCGACAGUUGGAAGGCAUGAUGAAGUACUUAAACUCAAAGUACUUUUUGCUAAUGAGCUGUCGACCUCUUUUCGUUGUUUCUUGGUGUCAUUUACUGAGUCUUAUUGAAUACAAGUCAGAAUGGUGGGAUUACUUGUCUGCACCUCUAAUAUCUUUACCUCUUAUGUCAGCCACCACAUCUUCAAACAACCAGAAGGUUGAAACUGAAUCAUUAGAGACGUUUUCGUCUGGUGGAACAGAUGUUUUCGACUUGACAUCUCAGUCGUCGCCAUCUAGUGAAUAUCUUGGUUUGAGGUGGAGGCUUGUUAAAGAAGUUGCCUUAGCAAUACAAUCACAACAAAUGGUACUAUCAGGCAAUGAAAGCUCUAUAAUCGCAUUUAUUCAAACUAGCGCUUGUGACUUGGUUUGCUUAUUGAAUGAAAAGCCUGUCAAGGAAUUGUUUAAAAGAGUACAGAACAGUCAACAGUUGUCUAGUGCUUUUGUUGAGGCUGUACGCCAAAAGUUUUUGCAGCUGCCCACUCAUUUACAGAAGAAAAUACUUAUGAGUCUUUGUUUUGUUCAUCCUUCUUGCACUGGAACUGUUCUAUGUUUCAUUCUGCAUACUGUGAAGUCUUGUGUGCUGAUGCCUAUUGUGGAAGCUGUGUGUUCAAGCUUAGUUAUGAGCCUGACUGAACUGCAAUGUCAGGAUAGCUGCCUUUAUGUGACCUCAGGAGAGGUAAUUGAGAUACAAAAGGAAUUGAAUGUAGCAAAAUGCCCUAGUUUUAGAUUCAAGAACCUUUUAGAACUUCUGAAUUCUGUAACAGCUCAGCUAGGAAAGGAGAUUAUGGAAGUCACACAUACUCGAACUGCAGGUGCCCAGAGAUUUGUUGCACCUAUAGCUGACCUGGAAAGCUAUGCACAAUAUGUUUUGAGUGUGUGCUGUAAUCUCAAGUCACCUCCAUCCACAUGUGAAGCUCAUCUAUUGCAUUGUCUCCCAAAUAGUGUAAUACUCAAUAUUCUUCGCAAUGAGAGAUUUGAUAUGUCUCUGUUGAAAUUAUGCAUUUCUGUGGGAGCUGAAAUUACUGUGCAAUUGCUUUCCAAGCAAGGAAGUCUUGAGGAGUAUGAAUUGGAGUUGGAACAAGUUGGCUUUGAAUCAACAGGAUAUUUUGAUGAGCAUGGCAUCGAUCACUUACUAGAUGCAGCAAAAGUUGUUCUUUUUGAACAGCUGGAAGGCUGGUUUUCACAACGUAAAUCUGCAUGUAUGUCUCAGAGUGGUGAUGUAACAUAUACGCAGCACAGUCAAUUGGGGCAUGAUAACCAGGUGUUAGUUGUUCACAUUUCCUCAGCACUUUGUGAAUAUCUGGGUUAUGUUUCUGACAUACCCAAAGCGAACAUUUCUGAUGGCGGAAUUGAAUGGAUGGUGGACUUCUCACUAGCUUGUGUAAAGCAUGCAUUAUUUUUGUGGGGGAAAGUGCCAACAGAAGACUUGGCUUCAUUGCUCAGCUGCUCAGCUAAGAUACUUGAGAACCAAGCCAUCUGCUAUGCACUAUGUAAGUGUGACCAUAGUGACUGGAGCUAUCAGUUUGUGGACAGUCUGUUUGAACUGAUUGAGUCAUUGCUACCUUAUGGCCAGACACUUACGAUUCAAACUGGACAAGCACCUGAGGCAUCAUAUGUUGAAACUGUAGAGUCAGGAGUAGAUUGUACAUCUCAGGUGUAUGAGAGAAUAUGCCUCCUAGUUCACUGGUUGAGUGGUAAUCGGUGGCUCACUGUCACAGACGGUGUCCUUGCUCCUCUACGAUCCCUUGUGAUCAGUUUAGCAAGGCUGCCUGCCUUGGAAAUUUAUGCACGAUCUCCAGCAGUGAUUUUCUUGAACAUCAAUGCCAUGGGCUGUAAUAGAAGUGGUGUGCCUAUUCUCAGCUCUGAGGACUUGCGGGAUGAGGAAGUAUUAAAUGAUUAUGUUGCUCGGGUUUUGGCAUUAGGGUGGAGGAAUCGGCAGCAGUUUGAAUUGACUUGGGUUACGCUUCAAGGACUUUUGAGCCCACCUGGACCUCUUGAUGAGCUGCCUGCUGAAGAAACUGUGGAAGUACAUAAAGUUAUUUGCAUUGCUCUACGUGCUAUUACGUGUCUCCUGAUUCAAACCACAUUUGAACCAAUGCCUGGAUAUCCUGCUGUCAGUAAAGCAAUGCACUCACCUAGGCAGAAAGAGCUGCCAUUUCUUGGAACUAGGUAAACUGAAUGACAUUACAUUCUGCUGGAUAUAAUAAUGGUACACUUGAG